AUUGUUCAGUUCGGGAUGAAUGAGAAGGUGGGUCAGGUUUCCUUCGACCUCCCUCGGCAGGGUGAGAUGGUUCUGGAGAAACCGUACAGCGAAGCUACGGCUCGUCUCAUCGACACCGAGGUUCGAACCCUCAUCAGUGAGGCAUACCAGAGAACCUACCAACUGCUGAGCGAGAAGAAGGCCGAGGUGGAGAAGGUGGCGCUACGGCUGCUGGAGAAGGAGGUUCUGGAUAAGAACGACAUGGUAGAACUGCUGGGCAAACGUCCAUUUGCAGAAAAGUCGACGUAUGAAGAGUUUGUGGAGGGAACCGGAGGCGAGGAUGAGGACACGACACUGCCGGAGGGGCUGAAGGACUGGAACCAGGAGAGAAAGGACAAGGACGAGAGCCAGGACGAGCAGGUGGCCCGGCAGAUCUCGGGAGGAAUGCCCUUCUAGAACCCGAACAUCACAUAUAUCUGACAUAUUCUGUCUGGAGUUCUGCAGUCCGUCUUUCACGAGGUCGAGAACCUUUUCACUAACUUCCAGAGUAAACUUGAAGAACUCUGCACCUGCUCCUAGAACCUUCAGCCUAAGUUCUAAAACAUUCUGUUGGAUAUGUGGGUUCUCCCACCAGUUUAAAACCCCACCCAACCCUCCUACAUGUCCAGAACCAUGGUCAUCCAGAGCUCUCCAUCUUCAGGGUGUAGAACCCUCUGAGAGAAUGCAAAUGUUCCUCCAGACCUUCUCCCCAUAGUUCUAGAAACAUUACAUCAGCUUAUGGAUUCAUUGCACUAUUUUCUGUAAGCUAGAACCAACACUGACUAAUAGAACCCAUUGAUUGCUAUUUGAUGUAAUUAAUAACCUUCGGUUCAAAUCAGGGUUCUAGGUCAUUUACACAACAAGUUCUCUAUCUGGAGUUCCUUUACAUCCAAAAUUAGAACCAGUUCUGAAUGGAAGAACCCUGUCACUGAGUACAGAGAACUGGUCUAACUCCAUUUUAGGGUUCUCCAUCAAACAGAGUUUAUACUUCCUGUGUGAGGUUCUGGAUCCGGACUCUGCAGCAGCUGGUUCCGAUAAUGGAGCGAGAACCAGAUGCUGACGGAUGAACACCGAAAGGAUCAUCAGCACUUAUUUAUCGACAGGUAUUGAUCCACAACCCAAUGAAAUGGAGGUUCUGGAAGUUCAUCAUCACUGUUACCACGGUAACCGUGCUGCAGUGAGAGUGAAGUGUUAGCUGAAGGCUAACAGAGAGAAAUGCUAAUGCAGGCUGUGCUGAUCGGGUAUUGAUUAGGUAUUGAUCAGUUAUUGCUAGUGUGUAGCUGACCGUCAUUGUACUCAUGGUAAUAAGAAUGUAAAUGUGUGUUCUGUUUCAUAAUUCAAAUAAAUCAAUAUCUAUCGAUCAUUAAAAAAAAA